AUGGUUUAUCCAACUCAACCUCCAAUGGCUUACCCGCCACCAGCAGCAGCACCAACGACUAAUUUCGCUCCAACCACUGUCAUUAAUGUACAGCAAGCGACAAAUGGUGUUGCAGGUAAUGGUGCUUGUUGGAAUUGUGGUAGUACUAGAAGACCUAUUAUUACUCGGGUUCCGGGUACAACUUCUUGGGUUGCCGGAUUUAUAAUCUGUCUCGUUUUUUGGCCAUUGUUUUGGUUACCUUGUGUACUUCCUGGUUGUAUGGACGAGUCUGCUGUAUGUCCUGAUUGUAAUAGAAAUCGUUAG